UUUGAGCGACAAGAAGCUCAUGCGAGUGGAGUGACAUUCACGUGCUUGUGAAGAUUCUCGCAUUGUUAUUGGUCGAAAACCAUGGUGCCGGUGACGUCACACACUGUAUUUAUUGAGAGACGUGCCACUUUUCAAACAUCACUUCGCUGAACCUUGCAUUUUCAAAUUCACGUAGAAUCUUGCUAGAAGUAGACACAUCGAACAGCCAUGGUUGCAGAUAAGAGAACCGUGAGCGAUAGACAUGUGGUGCUCGAGAAGUAUCAACGCCUAGACCAAGGAGACCGCGUGCAAGCUCUGUACAUCUGGGUCGACGGAUCCGGCGAGGGAAUCAGAUGUAAAUCCAGAACCCUUGACAAGCCUCCAAAGUCCCAUGAAGAUUUACCAAUCUGGAAUUUCGAUGGUUCCAGUACUGCACAAGCCGAAGGCUGUAACAGCGAUGUCUACCUUCACCCAAUUAACAUUUUCAAAGACCCCUUUCGCGGAGGAAAUAACAUCCUUGUCCUCUGCGAAACCUAUCAGUUCGACCACAAGCCCACCAGAACCAACAAGAGAAAGACUUGUUUUGAUGUUAUGGAGAGCGAGAAAGUCAAGCCCCAUCGUCCAUGGUUUGGCAUUGAACAAGAAUACACCCUGCUUGACAUAGAUGGUCACCCACUUGGAUGGCCCAAGGGUGGCUUCCCAGGACCCCAAGGACCAUACUAUUGUGGUGUUGGGACCAACAAAGUGUUCGGCCGAGAGAUUGUUGAGGCUCACUACCGCGCCUGCUUGUACGCUGGUGUCAAGAUCGCUGGUACCAAUGCUGAAGUCAUGCCUGCCCAGUGGGAAUUCCAAGUUGGACCUUGCGAAGGUAUUGAGAUGGGAGACCACUUGUGGGUUGCCAGAUAUCUGCUGCACCGUGUGGCAGAGGAUUUUGGUGUGAUAGUCACAUUUGACCCCAAGCCCAUGCCUGGUGACUGGAAUGGCGCAGGUGCUCACUGCAACUACAGCACGGAGGAGAUGAGAGAAGAGGGUGGUAUGGUACACAUCUACACCGCCAUUGAGAAACUAGAGAAGAACCAUGACUACCACAUCAGGUCCUAUGAUCCCAACGAGGGGCGUGACAAUGCCCGCAGAUUGACAGGAGCCCAUGAGACAUCCCGCAUUGACCAGUUCUCCCAUGGUGUAGCCAACAGGGGUGCUAGUGUGAGAAUACCACGUCAGUGUGCUGAGGAUGGCAAGGGCUACCUGGAGGACAGAAGACCAUCAUCCAACUGUGAUCCUUACUCUGUGACAGAAGCCAUUGUCAGAACAACAGUUCUUGAUUACCAGCCUUGAGGAGCAGAAAAGAUUAAAAUAAUUGCUUUACUAAAGCAGGGGGGGAGGAGAUGGGGAAUACCACAAUAUUUGUGCUGGAUCGCAAGGGGUUGGACAUUGUUACAGUCAUGAACAAUUAGAUUGAAUUAUUGCAGCAAGGUUCAUAGAAUAGAGAUAUAUGAGCAACAAGGGAAAAUGGGUGGUAUUUAAUUACAUCGACAAUCAUGUUUUAGCACAUUCACUGUUUAUAUCGUUUUUGUGAUUUCACUUUAUUAAUGUUUUUGGUUAUUUUAAUUAGAAAUGUAUUUAUUCUGUAAAUUGUUGAAACGUAAAUUAAUAGUAGUUUAUAAUAAAGAUAUGUAAUUUAA